AUGGUUCAAAUCUGGCAUCUCGAUGACUACAUGUACGGAGACCCACGCCUUCCUCACUACGUUUAUCCACCUAAAAAACUGAGUCCCGACGACCUGUUUAAGAGAACUAGCGUAAAAUAUGUCAAAAUUCAAAUCUUGGAUGAGAUUAAGGCCUUACGACAAGUGGAGAAACUCAGGAAAGAAAAGCAGUUUGGGUGUGACGAAUUUUUUACUCUGGACGGACGAAGGGCGGAAAAUUUCAAAAGUAAGGUACUGAAAUUUUUUAUUGAGUAUAUAGAAAAACUUUAUGCAAUCACUACAACGUUGGAUGAAGAAGCACAUUUCGUGUCGGAGGGAUCUGCCUAUUUUGACGUCCUUGAAAACGACACCACAAAAUGGCUCCGAAUUUGUUGCGAGGCUGGAGACCUACUCGUUUUCCCCGCUGCUAAAUUCUAUAAAAUAACGACCACACCUGAAGCAAGUCCACUUCAACAAUAG